AUGAAAAUAAUGUUACGCGUUUUUUUAUUUGUAUUUUUAUCGAAAAUUUCUUCAGGUUUCGAAGUGAAAUCCUGGACCGAAUCAAGGAUUUUAGGAGAAGGACCACAUUGGGAUGACAAAAGUCAAAAUUUAUAUUUCGUUGAUGAUUUUGGGUCGUCCAUCCAUAGAUACGAUCCGAAAGAAGAAAAAGAAUAUUAUUGUAAAGUCCACGAAUCAGCUCCCGUGUCAAUCGUAAUACCCAUUAAGGACAAACCAAACGAAUUUGCAGUUACGAUCGGUAAAAACUUAACAAUUGUCACGUGGGAUGGAACGUCAAAGACACCGGAAAGUGUUAAAACCGUAGUGGCAUUAGAUGAGGGUCCGGGUAAAGAAGAAAAUCAAUUUAACGAUGGUAAAGUUGAUGGUAAGGGAAGAUUAUGGGUUGGAACAAUGGGUCCUGUUAAGAAUGAUGAUUUCACACCAACAGCUGGUUCACUUUAUAGCAUAGAAAUGGGUAAAGAACCAGUGAAACAUUUUGACAACGUCAGCAUAUCAAACGGUUUGAUUUGGAACCAAAAUUAUGAUAAAAUGUUUUACAUUGACAGCCCAACAAGAAAAAUCGACGUUUUUGAUUUCGAUUUAGAAAAUGGCGCACUGAGUAAUCGUCGUUUGUUUUUUGACGUUACCGAUUAUUUAACGGAUAUUAAAUACGGUCCUGAUGGUAUGACAAUUGAUGAUAAUGAUAAUUUAUGGGUCGCUCUUUUCGGUUCUGGUAAAAUUUUAAAUAUAAAUGGUAAAACGGGUGAAUUUAUUAAAGAAAUUAAACUACCCGUUACGUGUCCGACAUCGAUUGCUUUCGGUGGUACUCAUCUCGAUGAAUUAUACGUAACAUCAUCGGCAUUUUUUACUAAACCGGAAGAUAAAAAACUUUAUCCAGCAUCCGGUGGUACAUUAAGAAUUAUUCAUGUCGGAGUUAAAGGACGCAUUGCUAAUCCUGCACAAUUUUAA